AUGGCUGAAUUCGUCAAACUCUCCAUUUUCGGUACCGUCUUUGAAGUGACCACUAGAUAUGUUGAUUUGCAGCCUGUUGGCAUGGGUGCCUUUGGCCUUGUCUGCUCUGCAAAGGACCAGCUCACUGGCAUGAAUGUUGCCGUCAAAAAGAUCAUGAAGCCAUUCUCUGCCCCUGUGCUCGCCAAGCGUACCUAUCGUGAACUCAAGCUUUUGAAGGCAUUGCGACAUGAAAAUAUCAUUAGCUUGAGCGACAUUUUCAUUUCUCCUUUGGAAGACAUCUACUUUGUCACUGAGCUUUUGGGCACUGAUCUCCAUCGUCUGCUUCAAUCUCGACCUCUUGAAAAGCAAUUCAUCCAAUACUUUUUGUAUCAGAUCUUGAGAGGUCUCAAGUAUGUGCAUUCAGCUGGCGUCAUCCAUCGUGAUUUGAAACCAAGCAACAUUUUGAUCAAUGAAAAUUGCGACUUGAAGAUUUGUGAUUUUGGUCUCGCCCGUAUCCAAGAUCCUCAGAUGACUGGCUAUGUAUCCACGCGCUACUACCGUGCACCCGAAAUCAUGUUGACAUGGCAAAAGUAUGAUGUAGCAGUUGAUAUCUGGAGUGCUGGAUGUAUCUUUGCUGAGAUGCUCGAGGGCAAACCUUUGUUCCCUGGAAAGGAUCACGUCCACCAAUUCUCGAUCAUUACCGAAUUGUUGGGUACUCCUCCCGAUGAUGUGAUUUCCACCAUUUGCAGUGAAAAUACGCUUCGAUUUGUGAAGAACCUUCCCAAGCGUGAUCCCAUUCCUUUCAGCCAACGUUUUGCUGGCCAAGAUCCACAGGCUAUUGACUUGUUGGAAAAGAUGCUUACCUUUGAUCCUCGCAAACGUAUCAAUGCUGCUGAUGCUCUGGCACAUCCUUAUCUUGCGCCUUACCACGACCCUUCAGAUGAACCCACUGCUCCUGAAAAGUUCGAUUGGUCAUUCAAUGAAGCUGAUUUACCAGUAGAUACCUGGAAGGUCAUGAUGUAUUCUGAGAUUUUGGACUUUCACAAUGUGGAUAAUGUGGAUGGUGCACAAUUCCUUGGCACGCCACUUACUGGACCCGGUUUGGAUGGACAAGUUUUCCAGCAGCAGCAGCAACAGUAA